AUGCCAGACGAUCAGAUUCAGCCCCGCAGGCGACAGCGAUCCUCCAUCACCGAACGCAUCCAACGAGCUCUUCACGUUGAUCGGUCAGAUAAGAAACGACAGAGCUUCUCUCCAGGAGAUGAUCAGAAUGGGCUUCACCACGGCCAGUCGGCGCAAUUUACAUCUCAAGUCCACGCGGCAGAGGGCGCGCGCAUUCAUCAGACAGAGACAGCUACUGGUCAAUACACUCCAACGGGCUACUCCCUCCAGGAUGAAACGCUCCCUAGCACACUAACAUACUCAUCACAAGACUCUCGUCUGCCAUCUACAUACACGCCUGGCUCAAGCCCCUCGGUUCGACCAGGGCAUUACCAGGAUGAACAACCCACCCCUCGAGACUUGGCAACGCCCGACACGAGAAAGUCCAGAGACAAGGACGACAUUUGCUCCUCUCCCACAUGGAAGGAGACUGCUCGGAAAGAAAGGCGGGCGACUAAGCGACUGGAAGCGGAGAGAAAAGAGCUCGAGAAACGACUACAGAAACUGGAAGAAUCUCAGGCCAGACUGGACAACGGGAUCUACGACAGGCAAUCCCGACGUCUGACCAAAAAGCAACCCCUAGAAAAUGCGAAUAGAUCGUCCAGUGCCAAUUCAGAAAGACCUCGAUCCUCCCGGUCUCUGUCAGCGUUCUUUUCAGGAUCCCGCCGGUCCUCCCGAUCGCGAGCCAGCUCUGCCACUGGAAAUGAGCGACGUCGAUCUUCUGAUCACGAGAAUCUGGGAGGAGAAGGAGGGCCGCCAACUCUGCCUCUCUCCUUACCCGAGCGUUUCGGGACUGCGGUAUCUCGAGAACUGGCAUCCAGGCAGGGGACUUCGCUAAUGCCCAGUCACCAGCUCCAACGCACGUCCCAUCUACUUCAUCACACCGCCACCAAGUCGGAUGAUCUUCGAGAGAACUGGAAGAUGGCGGAGGCAUGGCAAAGGCAGAACAGUGAGCGUGAGACCAGUGAUUUUCUGACCGGCUCCAAGAUGGAAUUAGGCAUGAAUGCUGGUGGUGGCUCUGGUGCCCAGCCUAUAUCAGAGUCCUUCCAGAAACGAGAUGAGCUGCCUGCGUACCCUUCAUUGACAAGUUCCACUCUUGACCUCGACCGUGAGCUGUUUACUGCGAGUCUCAGACAGGAGGUCAAACCCUCGGGGUCACAAACGCCUAAAGCUCGGUCAAGUCGACGACAGGGAGGCUUCUCAGCUUCACAAGGUCAGAACCAUUCUCAUUCUGCUGAAUCUCCAACCCGAGUGACCACGGCUCGUCAACUUCAAAAUAUUGCAAGUGAAGAGGAUAAUAACCGCUCAUCACAUAUGAAAUUUCCCUCUUCAGGUUCCCUUCCCAAGGAAAUGAGGAACGGCACGGAUCCCAUCCCACACGCGCAUCAGAAGGAGUACAAAUCGUCUCCUCUGUCCUUGAACCCUGUCACAACCGACGAAAAUGACCCGAAGAAAGAAAACAAUAAACCGGAUAAACCGGCCAGGACUUCGGGGCCCCAAAAGAAUACCCGUGAACUGGUUCCUCAGCCUCUACGGAUCAAUCUUGAAUUUUCUCAUGGACGGAAUCGACAAGCUUCAUAUCCUUCACCAUCGGACAUGUCUCAAGGCCGAGCUAAGCAGCUCGCUCGUCAGGACCGGGUGACAGUUAUGGGCCCAGUAGAAAUCCCUCUUGGGGAAUUCAAGCAAAAUCAGCGAAUAGGGAACCCAAACCCUAUUGCCUUUGAUAAAUCCAAGCCUACAGCAUGGGAAUUCAGACCCCGUCCAUCCGUGAUCCCUCCGUUGAAGCAUCCAGGCCGAAAGUAUGCUCUUUCGGAGAACUCACCCUAUGGUCGAUUAAGCUACGAGGGUCAACCGAUUCCAACCAUCAUCACGACAGAGGCUGUACCAGUGACUCGUUCACAAGAAUCGGUUCCCCACAUUCGCCACUCCCUGGCAGAAAUGCCGGCCAGCAUGUCCACUCCAAAUGUACUGGCCGGUCGAGUACAUAGUCGGUCAUCGUCGGGGGCAUCCAGCUAUGAUACCGCCGAUGAAGAAGUCCUCGACACACCAAACCACCCCCCACAUCGAAAAGAUACCACUGCUGGCCCGGAGCCUCAUGAGACAGACCCCUCCAGCCCACAUACUACCACAAUCACCCCCCAAGACAGGCCCGUGACGAAUGAAAUCCAAAUCACCAAUCCAAACCCCCGAACCAACCCACCCCUCGCCCCAGACGGCGUGGUAUCAAUGAUACGGCAUAAUCCAAUACCAAAACCCAAACAACUGAAAAAAGAUCAACUAAUCGCCAAAUUAUUCGUCAUCUGCUGUCGCUGCCAAUACUGGCAUGACCUUCCAUCCGAACUCUAUGCCAAACUCGCCUGUCCCGAACGCAUCCCAUCCGAAUCCCAUCUAGUCCGCACUUUCUCGCGACGCAAUCCAAUGGGCCGGCGGACUUCGUUUAAAAAGUCUGUUUUUGGAAGCCGCUCUGCGGAUGGGACUGUGCGGCGUUUGGCGAUGGGGAAACAGGGAGUGUCUUUGAAUGAAAUGCAGCUCGCUGGUGGUGGUAGUGGCGGCGGUGGUUUUGGUGGUCAGACUGAGAUUGAUCGUGCUGUGGCUCAGUCGGCGUCUUUGGCUUGCUGUUGGUGUGAACAUGGGAUGAAUCGAGCGUGUUGUCAGGGGUGGACGACUCUUGUGCAGAUGCGUGAGAGACACCACUAG